AUGUCCGAACUCGGUCCUCCUGAGCUGGGGUAAAUGGAUCUGCUGUGUGUUUUAUAAACGCACAUCAGCUUUUCGGAUCUUUAAGAUCCGACUAUGCUGAGGUAGAGCUCAAAAAUUAGUUUGUUCGCGUUAAAAUAUGCCAUUUAAACCUUCGUUCGUCAGCAGUUGGUGGUCGUUAGCUGUAAACUCUGGCUUGCAGAAAACCACUAUGCAAAGAUCAUUUCAACUAAAUAAAGUUUCUGCAAAGGGUUACGGAUGGAGCACACACCACUUAUAAACCUGACACAAUUUAACUCUGAUUAUCGUUGAUAUUGCUUAUGGCUUGCGUUUCUGGCUCUAGUGCAAAAAUGUCCAGUCCAAAUGUCAGCUCACCUGCGAUGGCGGUGACUUCAGCGGCCGCGGAGCAGAAGACGAGCCCGGCGUUAUUUGAGAUCUACGGGAAGAUCUGGAACGUGCAGGCUCGGUUGGGUCAGGGCGUCUCGGCCUCGGUCUACCGUGUGAGCUCCGGAAGGGCCACUUCUGCUGUAAAGGAGUUUCAGGUGGACCCGCAAGGUGGAGAUUACGGGUACCUCAAGGAGAGCUCGGUGCUGGAGAAGAUUCAGGGACAUAAGAAUAUCGUGACGCUGUAUGGGAUGUUUACCAAUCAUAACCCCUUUGGUGUGGCUACUCAUUGCCUGUUGUUGGAGCUGCUGGAUGUGAGCGUGUCUGAGCUGCUGGUCCGGGCCAGUAAUCAGGGACACUCCAUGUGGUUGAUUCAGCACUGCGCCCGGGACGUUCUGGAGUCUCUGACCUUCCUGCACAGAGAAGGUUUCGUCCAUGCAGACCUCAAGCCCCGCAACGUCCUCUGGAGCGCUGAUGAUGAGUGCUUUAAACUCAUCGACUUCGGCCUUAGCUUUAAAGAAGGGCAUCAGGAUGUGAAAUAUAUCCAGACAGAUGGAUACCGGGCUCCUGAAGCUGAGCUGCAGAACUCACUGGCACAGGCAGGUGUGGAGAGUGACUCUGGCUGCACAACCGCUGUGGAUCUGUGGAGUCUGGGCAUCGUCCUGCUGGAGAUGUACUCAGGAAUGAAACUCAAAGAAACUGUCAAGUCUCAGGAAUGGAAGGAUAACAGUUCAACAAUCGUAGACCAUAUCUUUUCAAGCAAUGCUUUGGUUUACCCGGCUAUUCCUGUCUUUCAUUUGAGGGAUCUGAUCAAAAGUAUGCUUCACAAUGACCCUAAACUCAGAAGCACAGCCAAGGCUGCAUUAAUGAGCCCUUUCUUCAGCAUUCCCUUUGCACCUCAUAUUGAAGAUCUGGUCCUUCUGCCCACACCUGUCCUGAGACUACUAAACGUAAUUGACGACAGCCAUCUAUAUAAUGAAGAUGAGUAUGAAGAUAUAAUAGAGGACAUGAAAGAAGAAUGUCAGAAGUAUGGCACGGUUGUAUCCCUACUGAUCCCAAAAGAGAACCCUGGCAAGGGACAGGUGUUUGUGGAGUAUGCAAAUGCUGGAGACUCCAAAGAAGCCCAGAGAUUACUGACAGGCCGUACUUUUGAUGGCAAGUUUGUGGUCGCUACAUUUUACCCACUGAGUGCCUAUAAGAGAGGUUACUUAUACCAAACUGUGCAGUAAGGCUGCACACACACACACACACACACACACCUCCAUUCAAAAAGUGUCAUUUACUUUACAAUCAUGUUAAGUUCACUUUGUGUGUAUUGUAUAGCUGAUGCGCAACCUUUAAUAUUUACGUCACAAAGAUUAAGAUUAUUGUGAAAAUAAGACACAUGAGAGUAACAAGGAGAAAAGAUUUAGUGCCUGCUUUCUACUUUUAUAUUAAAGGAUCGCACCAUUAUAAGACACUUACAUUUACUUUGUGAUAGCUGGUUGCCAGAUAUUCACUAUUUAUGCUUCCAUUUUCUUUUCUCUUUCUGCAGUAGCAUUGAUGCGCUGCUUUGGUUUACACACUGCCUUCUAAAAACACUUUAGAGAUUAGGUUUACAUGCUCUUUGAAUGUCUACAAUUCCACAAUUUGCAGUUUACGUGGGCUGUUUUCUUCCGUUCUAUUUUUCCGUUGUUAGUUUUAGUGGUGGUAUGUUGGUAUUUCCAGUAAUUAUGCACAUAUUUAUAAACUACUGGCGAAAUACACUGGCCUACAUGCA